AUGAGAUUUUGUGCUGUGAACCAGUUGGCUGGUCUUGUCAGAGAAUUGCGAUCUACAUUAGGACUACUGAUACCAUGCUUUGAACCGACGUUCAAAAAGCGAUCCGAAUUCUGUCGAUGUUCAACAGAAUCUUUUCCACGAACGGUGAAGUCGGUGUCAUAUGGGACGCCAGACGCUCAAAAAGAUUCUGAAACUUGCGCAUCCGGAGCAUUCGACAGUAGAUGUGACUGGGCCUUUUGGUUAUCGGCGCUUACCAUGCCUAUAAAGAACGUAAGGAUGAGUGGACAUAUUUCGGAGCUUGAGUCGAAUUUCAAAAAGGACCGUUACAGUUUGAAAAAGUUUUUGGAUCGCAGUCGCUUCUCUCCCAGGUUAUUGCGUUUCACUCGUCUGUCUAAAUCAAUCGAAUGUGAUACUACUAAACCUGGAAAUACUAAUUCGGACUUUGAACCUGCAUCCAACCAUAUCGCAAAGACAACUGCUCAUUUGUGCUCUGGUGGAUCACGAGAAACUAAUGUGUCAUCCACUACUUCUUCGACCCAUGCUACCGUCCCAUCUUUAUGUCCUGUUUCUAACUACACGCCAAUACUGGGCCAUGGCAUUGAAGCAAAUCAAACUCACGAGCUCGUAGUUGAAGAAGAAUACGAAGAAUCCCUUUCGCAUUUCGCGGAUGUGAUCAUCGAAAAUCUGAGGACUGGAAAUAACUUCAUUACUAAUCGCUCUCCAGAUGGCAUUUCCGAAGUAUCAGACGGACGUAGUUCAUCAUAUUCCACUUUACCAACCACUCGUCUCACAACUUGGGGCUAUCCUGGGCACUCUCCGAAUUGUGAACCAGCCAAGGCUGCUUGCAUUAACUCUCAACGAAUUCCGUUCACUUCAUUUGAACAAAUCAAUCAUUGUGCGAUCUACAACGAACCAUGUGAUGCGAAGCCGUUGUUGGAUGGCGUUGUGGAUGGUCCCCCUAUGAUUUACACGAUGUCAAGCCUGGCGCGAGAAUUGAAUGAAAUAUCUGCCAAUUUAGAAAGUUCACCAAGAAGUUGUACUAAGAGCAGCCCUUACUCAAGUACAUCCAACACCACAGGACACGAGACACGGUCCCUUCAGUCGUCUGUUCUUGAAGACAGGGCCCACUCUGUUGGCAAUACAAGCCUUCGGCUUGUAUCUCCGCGCGAAUCCCCCAAAUCCAUCGAUGGUGUUUCAAAACUGACUCGUGUUACUGACGGGGCUGUGUCUGUUGCAUCCCAUCUGGUGUCCGUGGAUCCGCAGCCUAACCGUAAGUCUCUCAUGUUAGUGUUUCGUAGUGCUACGCCGUUGAUUGGCUUUCAUUUGUAUCGUCACUCUGUCUUCACUUCACUGUCAUAUCAAACUGCCGCCGCCAAAUUUGCAUUGCGCUGGUCAUCCAGUUGCGACCGCCCAUCUGUUUUCUUCUAA